AUGAGACUACGACAGCGCCGAUCACCUCUGCUCCUCCUGCUCAUCCCAUCCCUAGCUGCGACAGCCGCGCUCGCCUCAUCAUCAAACUACGACAAGGCUGACACAAAAGCCGCGGCGGCCGCUGCUGCUGCCUCGGUCCCUGCCGCCGCCGCCGGUGCCGCCGCCGCUGUGGUCGAAUCCGCGCCUGCCAAGGUCAAGUACGAGGUUGGCACCAAAGAUGCCCCCGUCGACGGCAAGGACGGCAGGCCACACUCCGGCCCCUUUGUCGAGGUCGAGAACCUGCGCAAGGACAAGGAUGGCAAGGAGAAGCCGCCGUUGAAGGACAAGCCCAAGGACGUCCACAUCAUCGACGGCAAGAUCAUCCCCGAGUCCAACGACGGCGUGAUGGACGACAAGAACAGGCCGGAGCCCAAGGAAGGCACCACGGGCACGUCGGGCGGCGUCAGCGAGAAGGACAAGGUGCGCAAGCAGCAGGAGAGCAACACCGGGGAGAAGGCGCAGAACAAACCAGAGACGCCCAAGGAGGCCCCUCCCCUACCUCACAGCGAACAGGAGAAGAUCAUCAGCGGCCAGGACAAGAAGGAGAAGCAAAAGUCCAAGGAGAAGGAGAAGGAGCAGACAAAGGAGACGGCGAAAGAGAAGGGGAGCAAGGAUGCUCCCGGUCUCGUCACCGGCCUCGAGAAACCCGAUGGCUUGCCCCAAAAGACCCAUGAAGGCGGCCCCCCGGUUCCCAACUCGGCCAACAAGGAUCAUCUCGAUGUCACCAAACCCGGCUCGAAGAGCUCUUCGGCCAAGACGGGCGCCGAUGUCGACGAGGAGUCGGCUGGCGUCAUUCGCCCCUUGCACUCCUUCGUCCUCUCCCUCACCAUGAUUCUCUUUUCCGAAAUCGGCGACAAGACGUUCCUCGUGGCCGCUCUGAUGGCCAUGAAGCACGACCGCAUGGUUGUCUUCUCGGCCGCCUUCUCGGCCCUCAUCACCAUGACUCUCCUUUCGGCCAUUCUCGGCCACACCGUCCCUGCGCUCCUGCCGAAGCGCGUCACCAGCUUCCUUGCUGCCGGCCUGUUUCUGGUCUUUGGCGUGAAGAUGCUCCGCGAGGGUCUGGCCAUGAGCCGCGACGAGGGCGUGACGGCCGAGAUGCAGGAGGUCGAGCUCGAGCUGGCCGAGAAGGAGAACCAAGCCCGCCAGCAGGGCCGCCGCCGCUCCUCCAUCUCCCCGUACGCCCUCGAGAUGGGCCUCGGCCGCAAGCCGCGCUCCAAGUCGCGCUUCCCCACCCCGCCUCGCAGCCCGUCGACGUCUCCCGGCCGCAGCCCGAGCCCCCGCGGCGGAGCCAUCGGCGGCUUCCUCGCCGGCCUGCACAACCUGUCCUCGCUGCUCCUGAGCCCGGCCUGGGUGCAGACCUUUGUCAUGACCUUCCUCGGCGAGUGGGGCGACCGCAGCCAGAUCGCCACCAUCGCCAUGGCCGCCGGCCAGGACUACUGGUGGGUGACGCUCGGCGCCGUCCUCGGCCACGGCUGCUGCACGAGCGUGGCCGUCAUCGGCGGCCGUGCCAUUGCCGGCCGCGUCAGCCUCAAGGUCGUCACCGUCGGCGGUGCCGUCGCGUUCCUGUUAUUCGGAGUUAUCUACUUUGUCGAGGCGUUCUACUCGACCUCAUAA